AUGAGAUUCGCCGGCUGCUACGGUGAUAACCCCCGUACCGCGCUGUUCCCCUGGUACAAAGCGCUUGGAGACCUGAUAAUUCCUGUUCCUUCGAUCGCCUGUGACGAGCGCGAUGUGCCCAUCCGGUCGAUGGAGCACGAAGGAGACCAUGCCUUCAAACCACGCGCGGGAGCCGGGCGAUUUGCUCAGAAGCACGAUACCCCGUGGGCUGGAUCGUGGACGGAGGCGGCCAAGAAUGCGUCUGAAGCCAUCAAGACAGGAAACCGUAAUAGUGACGACAAAAUCCUCACCGAUGCCUGGCUGGAGUCCAUUGUCGAUCUGAACCCAGCCGAUCACGAAGCCGACACUGAUGACCGAAACUUCAUUAAGGCCUCGCUGGAAUCCGUUGUCGGCUUGAGACCAGCCGAUUAUGAAGCCCAGAAUGACGACAACGCCUUUGAUAGGUUUGUCUUUUCCUAUUCACAUACUGCUCAGCUACUAUCAUGA